AUGGAUCCGGACGAGUGGGAGUACGAAUACCAUGACACGGAAACGGAGACCUUCUAUCUGAACUUGGACCUCAGCUCUCACCAUGGCCCCAUCCGCCCUCCACGACGGCGUCAGGGUGACCCCUCCAACGAGCCCGCCAAUGCUGCAGACGACGCACCUGAUGCGAAUUCAGGUGCCGAUACCCUCUACCCCCUCGAGAGUGCUGAAUCCGAGACUGUGGGCGCCGAGCGAAUCCAGAUUCUCGGUCUCCACACGUGCAACCCUAUCGUCUCCUAUCACAACCAAAUCUUCAGCUGUUCCUGGGCCGAUCAAAUCGGUACUGAGCUAGUGUUCGCUCACCCGGACUCAGACCCGGACCCUGAUCAUACGCCUCUGUACCACGGCCCGUCCUUUGACCUCCUCGCUGCCAACUCUGUGAAGAUCCUCGGUCGCAAAGCGAACAUCACCUCGAGCUCGGGGCUUGGAUUGGUUCAGCAGGGCAUCUCGGGAAUUUCAGAUUCAGCGCCGGAAACUCCAUCCUCCUCUCAGACCGUUGCUUCCACCAGCGUGCCCAGGCGUGUCGUGCCACAAACGUAUCAGGCACAGUUCCUUCAGCAGCUGCAGAACAUCAAAACCGCCAAUGGCGAACGUGAUACCGUCCGCACUACCAUGAGUAACCGACGCAACGUGAAUCUCGCAGAGCGUUUGAGUGGAUGGGCUCGCACUGAGGAACAAGUCGCUGAGGUCAACAGACUACGCGCGCUAGCCUACGAAGGAGACCCAGAAGCCCUCGCAACUUUGGAACAGUUGAUCCGUGAACAUGUUCAUCCAGAUGAGUAA